AAAAAAAAAAAAAAGAAAAGAAAAGAAUGAAGGGGAUUUGUAAGCGGUUAUUCAAAUAGAGUCACAUGCUGCCUUAUAAACAAAAGAACACUCUCUCUUUCUCUUUUCUCUUUUCUCUUAUCAAAUGCAACCCUGGACUGAGAAAGCAAGUACGAGUAAUAACAAAUCUUCAUUACACUUUGAUAAUACACUGUCACAAUUGAACCAUGUAUCUUCUACUCAUCAAACCAACACAUUUAGAACAAAAGGCAAAGAAGUACAUCACGACUCUAUAGUAAAAGAAGAGCUAUCAUCACCUAUUUCACUCUUUUCAAACCAUGCUUCUAAUUUUCAGGUAGCUCCACAUGAAAAUGCAUUGGAUGGGUCUGAUGUCUUGAAUUUCUUAAACACCACAAAUUACAGUGAUUCCGUUCAUCAUGAUGAUUUAGUGCCCGAUUCUAUAUCUUAUAUCAGUCAUAGGCACCAAAUGGAUACGCAACAUGCCCUAUCAGAAAGGGAGAAGCAUCAACAUCAUUGGACAGCUGAGUUGCUAGCAGCAGAGGACAUUGUCGAUUAUUUGCAGAAAGCAGAUUAUACAGAAGAUAUCUAUGGCAUUCCACAUCUUGGUCAAUGGAUCAAAGAGGCAAAAGAAGAAUUAGCACAAUCAUCAACCAAAAGAACAGCAGUGGAACGAUUGACCAUGAUUCGUCAUCAUUUGGUUCAAAAGGCAUUGGGUGAUCCCGAAUUAGCUGCCAAAAAUGCACUGGGCAUGAAUGAACAUGAUUGGUCCAGUACUUUUCUUGACUCAGCAAAAUAAAGACAUUUAAAUGCACCAUUCAAGAAAAAAAAAAA